GGCCAAAGGUUAUCUGAGAUCUGCACAACAGCGUUAGACCAAGUUGUAGGCCUUUUCAUAUUUGUGUUUCAUCACUGAGCUGUGUUCCCGAUUUUGAGAUAUCAAAGAAAAUCAGUGGCGAAUAUGUCUGCCCGGAAGGAAUAAUCCCUAGCAGGAAUCUACAAGUUGAGAAGUUUACAAGAUGGCAGCGUCCAUGUGGAUGGCAAAGUUGGAAAACAUCGUCAAAGGAGAGCAGCAAAAUGAAAGUGAAAUAACAGAAAUUUCAAAUGGAGUCUGCAAUGGUGAACUGAAGCUGCUGGAGCUAAUUGAACUGCUUGGGCCGUACCUGACCAGCAAAGAAAAUGACAUCAGAGGAAGGAGUACAUUGCUUCUGGCUAAAACAAUUCAUCAAUUACCAAGGAAUAAGCUUUCAGCAGAUGAGGCUGGACUACUGACUGCAUUUUUCUGUGACAGACUAAAGGACCACCACUCUGUAACACCCCACACCAUUUAUGGCAUACUUUCAUUGAGUACAUUGAGUUCUUUAGCGGCUGGUGAUGCAGUCAAGAUCUGCACUAACGUCUUUAAGGAGGUUCAAGUUCAAUCGCUGGUUCAGACUGACCGACAGUCUGUCUACUCAAUCAUCAAUAAUUUCCUGUAUUCCAGGCUGGAAGAGUUACAGGAGUUGGGGUCAGAGUUCGUGUAUGGUUUCAUCCAGGUCAUGGAUGGUGAAAAAGAUCCACGUAACCUCCUCACAGCGUUCCAGAUUGUACAAACUCUUAUUCAACAUUUUCCUAUCGGUAUUUUCGCUGAGGAGUUAUUUGAAGUGACGUCUUGCUACUUUCCGAUUGAUUUCCGUCCUCCACCCAACGACCCUCAUGGAAUAUCAACGGACAGUCUUAUCCAAGGACUCAGAGGCUGUCUGGCGGGUACUCCGAAGUUUGCGGAGUUCUGUCUACCGCUGCUGAUGGAGAAGCUUGCCUCUGAGUUACAGAGUGCCAAGAUAGAUGCGUUUGAGACCCUAGCAGCGUGUGCUCCGGUGUAUGGCGCUAAACACUUAAAGGAUUACCUGGAAGCUGUGUGGUCUUACUGCAGGAAAGAGGUAUUCCAGUCGUUUAGUGGUGAACUUGAACAAGCUGCUUUAGGGUCUCUUUGCUGCUUCUUGAAAGCUGUGUCUGAUGACCGGUCAGAAGAGGGCGCUGUUUUCUCCCUGGAUUAUUUCCUGGACGAAAUCCUUAAAGAAUGUCAGAAGCACAUCAAUGAGCCAGACCUGAGAUUCUUACAUCCAAGUUGUCGUCUACUCCAAGCUGUCGCUAGUUCUACAGAAGCAGUUUGCAGCAAGAUUCUAUCCUACAUUAUUCCACUCUUACUUCAACAGUUUGAUAAACACCUACAGGCCAACAUGCGGCAAAAUAUUCUCUCUGUGCUCCAAGCUUUCAUCCGUGUCUCCAUGCAAUUUCCCUACAAUGAUUUCCCUAAUCCGGUGUCACUCCACAAAGACAGAGCCCUGACCGUCUUCAUAUCAGUACUUUCAGAGACAAAUAACUCUCUGAAAUCGGUGGCAGCGGUGGGAUUGGGUCUUCUCGUCGAGACCAAGGGCCUCCUAGCAGAGAGUGAAGUAGUUCUCAUUGCUGACCACCUGACCAAGACUUUACUCUCCGAAGGUGACAAGGAUUUAAGACAGGAGAGUGAGAGGUCGUUGACCUACCUAUCAACACAUUACCCAUCAGUUACUGAACAGACUGUCCUACCAGCAUUGCUAAUGAAUCUCAGUACAGAGCCAAUGGAAGUAGGUUCAGGAGACAGCCAGAAAGUCGCAGCGGUAUCCCAUCAUACAAUUCUAUCCAGUAUGGCCGCCUUAGCAACCAAACCAAUACUAGUGGAAAGUAUCGUUGAGAAACUGUUGAAGCAUCUAGAGCUCCUCUGCACAGCUAACGAUGCAUCCAAAACUGAUGAAUGCGUUGCUACGUGUCAAAGUCUCCUCAGCAUCGUCACAAAGACCACAACGGAUCCAACAAACCUCCAGUUUCUCUAUCAACAUCUCCUGCCGGCACUACUUAGUAGAUUAGUCAUUGCUGCCUGCACUGAGAGGUCAGAGGUCAAAUGCACCCAGAUGCUUUGUAAUGAAGAGGUUGUUGUACUUGUAGCGGCCAUUGUUAGAAACGCUGUCCAGUUUCUGGAAGCAAGUUCAGCUUCAGAACUUUGCGGUCAGUACAUCGAGAUCUUUCACAGACAGAAUCUCAGCAGUUUACAGCAAACAGACAGUUUACCAGCUGACGUUAUGUUCAAUCCAUUACAGAUUAACUCGCCAGAGCCUCAACACCAGUUGGUCAUUUUACUGACCGCUUGUAUCUGCUCGGUCCGGAGAGAAGUGACCAUUCCAGACCAGUCUGAGGUCUUAACAAAGUUACUUCAGAUGGCCACAGGAUGUGACUGCGAGGUCAUAAGGUCAACUGCUGCUAAGUGUCUAGCUGGACUUGUCAACAAACACACUGCAGGAGCAGAUUUAGAUCAGACCAUUCGGGUUUGUAAGGAGCACAUCUUAUCCAAACUCAAUCAGCUUGGCAAUGAAGACUGCAGACAAAGAGCACUUGGUGCAUGGAUUUGGCUCACAAAAUCUCUUCUAUUGAGAUCGCAUCCCACCUUCAAGGAGUUUGCGGCACAUCUUAUUGAUUUGUUUGAGGAUGAGGUUUUGGGUCUCACUGCAGCCAAGGGGUUCUUUGUAAUCUUGGAUGAGACUGAAGACGUCUUAAACUUGGCUUCUCAUGCCGAUGUGAAGCUCAUGUACAGACAACGCUUCUUCCUUUAUCUACUACCAAACAUUAUUGAUGGACAUGGAAAGACGACCCCAGAAAAGAAAACAAAUUAUCUCCAAGCCCUCUCCAAUCUCCUUCAUUUCGUCCCUCGUCAAGUCCUGCUCAGUGAACUACCCCCUCUUAUGCCACUACUUGUCCAGUCUCUACGCCAAGAGAACGGGGCCCUCUGUCUGUCAGUUUUAGAGAGGUUAGAGACGCUUACCCACGAUGCACCUAGCAUCAUAUCGGAGUAUGUGAAUUCUUUACUGCCUGAGCUUUUGAGACUUGCUGGAGAUAAACCAUCUAUGAAAGUGAGAAUAUCUGCCCUACGGUGUAUUGGUGAAUUUACAACUCUUCCACAUCACAUAGUGUUUCCUUAUCAAUCUCAGGUUAUCCGAGGUCUUGUACCCCGACUCGAUGAUAAGAAAAGGGUUGUCAGAAAAGAAGCAGUCAGGUCAAGGAAUUUAUGGAUGAUGCUGGGCUCAGACAGCAAGUAAACAACAGACAAUUUUGUUCAGCAUUUGCCCGGUCCAGAGUGGCUACUCCACAAACAAAUUAAAAACAAAUGAGCUGCUGAAAUAUAUUUUUAUCAUUUUGUAGCUUGGUAAUAAAAGAAUUUUCAUUUAAAGCCAUCAUACACUUUCGGAACAUACUAAAAAAUAAAAGUUCACAGAUUUACAAAAAACUGGUGAAAGACUUCUCUUGAAAUAUUAUUCCAUGAAAUGCUUUACUUUUUGAGAAAACAUUAAAACAAUACGGAUUUAUUUGAAACACCUGUCAUGACAUGGUGAAACAUGCGGAAAAAAGGGUGGGUUGUCUCGUUAUCUUCUCCCGACUCCGAUGACCAAUUGAGCCUAAAUUUUCACAGGUUUGUUAUUUUAUAUGUAAGUUGUGGGCCUUAGACAACACUGUUUACCGAAAGUGUCCAAUGGCUUUAACAUAAUUUGUUUGUUAACAAAAGGAAUGUCAUGGCGAUGCUUCUACUCGCAAUUUAAUGUUCUUCUGUUUUUAAAAACCUCACGAUUGGCUGCCUCUUUAAACAGAAAUCUGACCUCAUAACAGAGGUCAGUUGGUCCACAGGAAAUUUUCACAUGUUUCGACCGGAAAUGUAUCAAAUCAUGCUCUCUGGUAGCAUUUUUUAAUUGACUUCUAGUUUUGUAAGAUGAUGAUGAUGAUGAUUCACAGCAUCCGUUGGGCGCCAUAUAUCUUGUUCAAAAACAUUCAAAGGCCCGAGCUCCUCCACUAAAGUUAGCAUUUAAAUUUUCGAACCAACAACUGUCACAAUCCAAAGUUAAUUGGUAAUUUCAUGAAAAGGUCUUAAAAGUUUUUGUAAUAGAGUCAAGCAAUUGACAGCAAAUUGCUAUUUUGGAAAGAGAGUGUCCAGUUUAUGAUAUUUAUCAAUAUGAAUAUGUGAAUCGAAUCUGAAUAUGCAUACGAAUUUGCAUAUUAAAAUAUAUACAUGCAUCAAGGUCAACAAUUGAUCUCAAGGUCAA